CAGCAGCGCUCUGUCACAGUAGAGCGAAGAAGAAGAAACCCGGAAGUAACCCGCAGCAGUUACUGCAGAUUAAAUUUAUCACAGCUCCUCCUCCAACAUGGUCGACGCCUGGCAGAGCGCCAUGGAUCACGCUGUCGCUGUGGCGAGGAAAGCUGGCCAGGUGGUGCGUGAAGCCCUGAGUGAGGACAUGAAGGUGACCACUAAGAGCUGUUCUGUUGACCUGGUGACUCUAACUGACCAGAAGGUGGAGCAGCUCAUCAUCCAGUCAGUGAAAGAGAAAUUCUCUAAUCACAGGUUCAUAGGGGAGGAGUCAGUGGCCUCAGGUGAACCUUGUGUCCUGACAGAAGCUCCAACCUGGAUCAUUGACCCCAUCGAUGGAACGACCAACUUCGUCCACGCGUUUCCUUUUGUUGCUGUUUCCAUCGGAUUCUCUGUCAACAAACAGGUGGAGUUCGGCGUGGUGUACAGUUGCCUUGAUGAUAAGAUGUUCACGGCGAGGAAGGGGAAGGGGGCGUUCUGUAACGGAGAGCCGCUUCAGGUUUCUGACCAGACAGACAUCAAACAAGCCAUCAUAGCCACAGAGUUUGGAUCCUCUAGAGCUCCCGAAACCGUUGACAAAAUCUUCUGCAGCCUGAGAAAUAUCCUGAGCAUCCCAGUGCACGGGGUGCGUGGUGCUGGCACUGCAGCCAUCAACAUGUGUCUGGUGGCGUCAGGCUGCGUUGAGGCCUAUUACGAGAUCGGGAUCCACGUUUGGGACGUGGCGGCGGCAUCAGUGAUCGUCUCCGAGGCCGGUGGAGUCCUGAUGGACGUGGAAGGAGGAGAGGUGGACCUGAUGUCCAGGAGAAUCGUAGCAGCCAACAGCAAGACAGUCGCAGAGAGGCUGGUCAGAGAGAUCGCCUCCUUCCAGCCAAUCAGAGACGACGCCCCGCCUCUGAAGGAGUGACCGGCCAAUCAGAGACGACGCCCCGCCUCUGAAUGAGUGACCGACCAAUCAGAGACGACACCCCGCCUCUGAAGGAGUGACCGGCCAAUCAGAGACGACACCCCGCCUCUGAAUGAGUGACCGGCCAAUCAGAGACGACGCCCCGCCUCUGAAUGAGUGACCGGCCAAUCAGAGACGACGCCCCGCCUCUGAAUGAGUGACCGGCCAAUCAGAGACGACGCCCCGCCUCUGAAUGAUGUCACAUCUCCAUGUUUAUAGUUUGUGAUAAAUAAAUUUUGUUAGAAACAA